AUAUUCCCUUUCUUCAAAGUUUCUGUUACAAAACCUUUAUUACUAAUAAAAAUUAGGAAAAUCAGCAGGAAAUAGCCCUUUAGAGAUCCCCUUCAAGCUCGUAGCUGCGAGAAAACAGAAGAAAGCAUCCACGGCAAGGAUCCAUGUCGGAUCCAUACGAGAGAGUGACCGGAGGUCGGUUGAUGUUCAAAGGAGGCGCAGUAGCCAGCCGCAGCAAAGCAAUCGACAAGAAGAAGAAGAAAAAGAAGAACAAGUCCGCCGAAGACGUCGUUUCCGAUGAGCCUUUAACCGGUGACGCCGCCCUUGCCGCUACUGAGCAACAAGCUGACGCUCCCGAGGAUAUGUUUACGAUUGACGCCGCUAAGCGCAGGAAAUACGAUGAUUUGUUCCCUGUUGAAGCCAAGAAAUUCGGGUACGACCCGAAUGCUAAAGCCAAGUCCGUAGAAGAAGCCCUUGAUGACCGGGUCAAAAAGAAAGCAGACCGUUACUGUAAAUGAAUCCCUAAGCUUUUUUAGGUACUGUCUGUUAAUCCUUGUAAUUUCUAUAUGAUUCUCAGUUUGCUGUGAUCUCGGGCUUACUUAUAACUUCACAUUAGUGUUUUUAGCCCCAGUUUUAUUGCCUGUAUCAACAGAAUCGUAUUUCGGAGAGUAGUUAAUCUUUGAUUACAAACACUUUGAGUAUUGUUGCUUUUGUUGAUGUGCUAAUUCAAAGUAAAUAAGUAAAAUUUACUUUGACACAAAAUUAGUUAGUUAGCUGUA